AUGGUUUCUCGUACCGUGUUGGCCGGAGUUUUGGCUGUGCUUUCUUCUCGAACUGUCAUCGCCGGACCAUGCCGUGUGGUCUCUUCCAUCGAAGCUUCAUACUCGACAACCCUCGUUGUGUCUGCUUCCACUGAGGGCCAGUCCACUGAGACACUGGAGACUUCUUUUACUGUUCCUACGACCGAUGUCGUAACUUCUACCGUCAUUGAGGAGGCUACUACGACCGCUGCCGAUGACUUGACAACCACUACCACUGUGGCCUACGCAGUCCCCACUACCUUCAAACUGCGUGCUUAUGGCAGCGUUGCUGAUGGCUUGGCACUCAAGUCAGAGGGCAACCCAAGUGGUUGGUUAGCGUUUGGUGAACUCCCGAAUACUUUCGAAGAAGUCAUAUUCAGCUUCUACGAGGAUACAGGCCGUAUCCAGUAUGACUCCAAAGAUGUCUGUGUUUACUACGACGACGAUGGUUUGGCCGCCCAAGUCAAAACGUGCACUUCUGUACUGUCUGGCAGACAAGACCCCCUUACCUGCGAGAAUCCCACUAGCAACCAGCUCAAGUGCGUGAUCCCAGGGAAGACGUGUUCCAACCCUCCAUCUUUGCCCAUAGCCUUAUGCACUCCCACCGGUGACGAAUGGGCUCAAUUUUUUGUGAGACCGUACAUCAGCGGCUCAUUCUUGUUUUAUCUGGGCAAUGGGAACGCGAUGGCUGACGAACUCGAGGAUAUGGAUUUGCGGCCUGUUGAUAUUCAACUGAGUGGGAAGAUGUAG